AUGCUGGUCCCUUCCUUGCGCACAUAUGCCACCUCAAAUUCUCCAGCAGCGGCGUCCUCGUCCUCUCCUUCGCCCUCGGCUGAAGCCCAACGCCUUCGAUGGUCCGACUACUUUGCCCUGCGCAAGAAGCGCGCAAGGUUCGGCCUCUUUACGCAGUACCCCACCAUUCUCCUCUCUCUCACUGCGUCCGGCUCCUUCUUCUUGACCUCGGAGAUCAAUCCGCUCCAGCCCGUCUUCGGCGUCGACCCGGCCAUCCUGGCCGUAGGAGCCACCAUGGCCUCGGCCUUCGCGGGAUAUCUCGUGGGACCCCUCAUCGGUAGCGGUGUGUGGAGCUUGUCGCAUCGCAAUCAGCUCAAGGCUAUGCAGCAGAGGGAUGCUGAGUUCUACGAGCAUGUCAAGCGUAAUCGCGUGGACCCGAGCCGCCAAUCAGUGCAGAACCCCGUACCAGACUUCUACGCCGAAAAGAUCUACAGCAUCAGCGACUACCGAAGAUGGCUGCGAGACUGCAGUGUCUACAGACGAAAGGCCGCUCACGGGCUCAAGCAGGACGCAGAGGCGCUGGCUGCCGGAGGAGAAGAAGUACCAGGGUCGCAAGCGGGUAAUGCUGCGAGGUAG